UUGGAAGACUGUAACCUCACUUACUACAAUCAUAUUCAGUGGAAAGCAUAAAUGUAUUUGCAUUGGCAAUCACAGCAUUGCCUAGGUGCAGCAGUUUGUUGGUAUAUAUACGAAAUCAAGGACCUACUGAUAAAGCACCUUGCUAAACUGCUACAAUCACUAUCUCAGUGUAUUAAAUACAUUGUAAACAGUUGACGCCCAAAGACAUUAAGAUUCUUUACGGAAACACCCUUGGUAAGGCUUGCACUAGAUAAACAAAGCUGUUACAAUCCAUUUUACAAAACAUCUCAAUCUCAAGCGUCACGCACUAUUGUAGUUCAACAGGGAACAGUUUACGGCAGUUAGGACUGCUUACCUCAGUGUACUAGUGUAGCCUGUCUUGUUUACGACACCUGUGUUAGAUGUUGGUUUGUAUGAUAGUUACAGAUAAUAUAGUUAUUCACUAUUUCUCGUAUCCUAAUUUGUCUCCUUAUGGUAUCCGAAGUGACCUCCCCACUGAUACUAAUGUGUAUACUGCAGACCAGGUCAAUUUGAUGAGAACAAGAUGAGGCUAGAAUGUGACUUAAUUCAACCUGCAGUGGGAUUAAGAAGUACACAGAAGUCUUUCAAACUGGCCAUAAAGGAGGCCUGCCUUUGCCUCAGCCUUCCUCUCAAUGAGUUCUGCAGUGGAAGAUGUCUAUGAUAUUGUUUGCGUGUGUAUUCCGAGUAAAUGAUGGACUCCCGCUUUCAGCCUCCACAGACUUCAUCCAUAACAAAGAGCUACAGGAAUGCAAAAGUCAUGUGAGGGCUUUGUCCCUUAGACUUUCUCAGUCUCCAGACCGAGGAACAAUCAACGGAAAUGAACUUAAUAUCCAUUUUAGUACAUCUGAAGGUCUCUCCUUUGUGACAGUAUGUUCCAGCAGCUAUCCACCAGCAAUGGCAUUUUGUUUCCUGGAAGAACUCCGAGGGAAGUUUGUUGCAUCCUAUAACAGCAUAAGCAUUGGCUUGGCUUCCAGACCCUAUGCUUUUUUAAGUUUUGAUGAUAUCAUUCAGGAAGUAAAGUGGCAGUUUAACAACUCAAGUUGUCCUUCAGUGUUGAUCCCGGUGGUGGACGUUCAGGAAGACCUGAAAAUUCGUCCACCUCGACUACUGAAGCGUGAGGAUAUUAUGCUAGUGAAUGGGGUUGUAAAUGGACACCUGCAGUCAAAUUCUGGGUCUGGCUUUGGAUAUAGAAUGGAGCCCAUCACUGCUUUAGGUAUCUUGUCGAUAGUUCUUAACAUCAUGUGUGCAUCUCUUAAUCUGAUUCGAGGAGUUCACCUGGCAGACUUUACUUUUCAGGAUGACCAUGAAGGAAUAGGAAAUAUAAUAGCCUUUCUUGUGGCUUUCGUUGCCUGUAUUUAUCAGUGUUAUUUGUACCUGUUCUACAAUUUGGCAAGAAAGCUGAAGACUUUAGUAGCUCUGGUUUCUAUUUUUCUAUGCAAUUUUUAUUUAUAUGGACUAAGGAGUGUUUGGCAAAUUGUCUUCCACAUAGGAGUAGCAUCUGCAUCUGCCUAUCUGAUACUGACAAGAAAACUUACUGAGAGACUGCCUAAUUCUGAAGUUUGAAGAAAAAGUGUUUAAUAAUUUGGCUAUGUGGUUAUAAACCUGCUUAUACAUUUGUUUUCCUGUUUUAGAGAAGAUGCGUCAUAUUUAUGUAUUGUUAUUAUUAUUUGUAGUGUGCAUCGUGCCGUACAUCUAAACUGAAAAUGGAUAACUUCAUAUGCAUAUGUCAUUUAACGCAUUGCAGCAGUAAUGGGUUAAGAUUUGCACAUUUGUGUUUACAUUUUUUGCAUGCUGUAAUUUGUUUUAAUCUCAGGGUCUCUGUACUGAUUGUCUUUGUAAGGCAGUUUUGUUUUUUCAUGCAUUUAUUUGUCAAAAACUCAAUGACAGUUCUGAAUGGUUUUAAUAUUACUGGCAUUUUCUACUAAAGAUUUAUUUUAUCAGAGUACGUUAACAAGCAUAUAAAAUUUUAAUAAGGUACAGCUUCCUUCUGGAAAACUACUUACCAUUUUUUGCCUGUCAUAAUUUCAUGUUUUUUAAUAUGUUAAAUGGCAUGUAAUACAGUACUGCCUUUUUAAUAGUCCUGUACUAGUGCCUAUGAAUAUCUAUCACUGUAGAGGUUUAUUUGGAAAAUGACGGCACAGUGGAUGAAAAUGGAGUAUGAAGGCAAAGCAAAGAUGAAGGUUAUAUGAAAGAGACCAUUAGCUGCCACAAUCAUGUACUGGAGUCACUGUUUUUACUUAUUGGUUUCUCCAUACAUUCAUUUUUUUGUAUUAUAAUGUUUUGUGUAUGUUUUAAAGGAAACAACUGCAGAAUGGUUAGUGUUUUUAAAAAUAUAGCAGAGAAAACCAAAAAGUAGUUCUCAAGCUGUUAAAUUGUAAAAUAUCCAGGCUACCUGAACUAGAAGUGGCAAAUAGCAGUAGUUAAUCAUAAAAAAUGACUUCUUGGACAGAUGAUGGUUUUAUUAAUUUUAUGGCAUGAAAUCAAGCAAUGAAUGUCUGUGUCCUUUAGUAAUCUGUGAACAUUUCUUAGCUAGUGCAAAAGAUACCAAGCAGAAGGAGAUUGCAAAUGGACAUGUAUAAAAACAUUAUGGUAUGUUGGGGGGGGGGGCUCAUGUUCCUGCUGUGAAGGUAGCUUGCACACCCACUGCUACUUAUUAUAAUCACCACUGAGGUUAAAAUUAUAUAAAUGUUUGUUUUCUUUUUACAAAAGAUA